UUAUCACAUAAAAUUUAUGAUAAAAUAUAUUUUGCAUUGUUAUUCAACUAUACAGCAUUAAUAAAAAUUUCUGGAAACAAUAUGGCAGCAUUUUUCAGUCAAUCAGCAGAGCAAGCGUAUGAUGAAGACGACGAAUUCAAAGAAGAAGAAGAAGAUGCGGAGGCUACGAAACAAGAUAUUGCUACUGGCUUAUUCAAUGGUGGUGAUAACGUGAAUGAUGGACGUAGUUCAAGUGUCGAGUCUGAUCACCAAGUAUUUGAUCUCGACAACAGUAAUGAUGAAGCUUCGUCAGACGAAAAUGAUUUUAUAGUUGACAACAAUGAUAGACCUUUGCCAAAAAGAAAAAGAUAUUCUGGCGCUGACUCUGCUUUAAAUGACGCACGAGAAAUUUUCGGAAUAAAUUAUGACUUCAAUGAGUUUAACAAUCAGCGUGAUGAAGACACUUACGAAGAAGAAGAUGAAGACGAGGAAGAUACUGGAGGUGUAUCUGGACGCGGUAGUCUUCCAUCUAGGCGACAAAAAAAGAAACAAAAAAAAAGUUCUGCAAGGAACAGUACUGAUAUUUUUCAU